AUGGCUUUGGGAUUGACAGCCAACUCUAUCUACACUGGGGUCAAGGCCACAUCCCCACCUGUAGUGGGAGCUAAGUGCUACUGUCAAUCAUCAGGAGAUGAUGGAUCUAUCAGAGCACACAACAAACCCGCAGAUGACUUGGCACAGAGUUUCACCAUUUCCAUGCUGGCUGCCAGGAAGGACUCCUGCAGCCACUUCUCCAUUUGUUUCCCUACAUCCUUCUGUCCCCCUCAUGCCAUCCUGGUGACUGUGACUGUUCUCUUUAAAAUUCAUCAAUGUCCUCAAGGAAUGGCCUUUCUAGACUCAUCUCCAACCUUAUCUCGUGGCAUGUCUUCAGGGCAUUUCCGCACGGUAGAUGAUGAGGUCCAGGAGAGCAAGAUUAUCUCCUUUGUUGAAGUUGCUCUGGCAACCAGGGCUGGGAUACAGCUUGCCAUAUGCCACGGUGAAGAGGAAGUGUCUGGAAACCACAAUAUGAACGAUCUGUCUCUAAAGCACGCAGAGCUGGGCAGUGCUGCUGCUGUGCCUUCUGCACCAGAGCGGCCUGGGCACACUCGCUCCCAUACAACUGGGAGUAGCCAGGACCCCAAGGAGGGUCUCCUGUCCCCACUGAGGAGAGGCAAAGAAGGAGGAUGCCACAUGCUUCGGAGGCCAGCAGCAGCGCAGGGUAACACAGGCACUGCCGAGUUAGUACAGGGUAGUGUGGUCGGCCCAGAAGCCCUUGCCCCAGGGCAACUCCGGGCACCCCUCCAGACAGGUCACGCGUCCUGUCAUCAUGUCAACAUUCCGCAGUUAUCAGAAGGGGCCAGGGCUGGGGCCCCACAGCAGGGGGUGAGGAGCAGGGGAGAAAACAGGGAGGAUCCCCAGGGACAGAGCGGGGAGGACUCCCGGGACGGAGCAGGGAGGACCCCUAGGGAGGGAGCGGGGAGGCCCCCGGGGAUGGAGAAGGGAGGAUCUCCAGACACGGAGCCGGGAGGACCUCCAGGGACACAGCGGGGAGGACCUCGGAGGACGGAGCGGGGAGGACCCCGGGGAUGGAGUGGGGAGGAUCUCGGGGACGGAGCGGGGAGGACCUCGGGGGACGGAGCGGGGAGGACCCCAGGGACGGAGCGGGGAGGACCCCAGGGACGGAGCGGGGAGGACCUCGGGGGACGGAGCGGGGAGGACCCCGGGGACGGAGCGGGGAGGACCUCGGGGGACGGAGCGGGGAGGACCCCGGAGGACGAAGCGGGGAGGACCUUGGAGAACGAAGCGGGGAGGACCCCGGAGGACGAAGCGGGGAGGACCCCGGAGGACGAAGCGGGGAGGACCCCGGGGGACGGAGCGGGGAGGACCCCAGGGACGGAGCGGGGAGGAUCUCGGGGACGGAGUGGGGAGGAUCCUGGGGGACGGAGCGGGGAGGAUCUCGGGGACGGAGCGGGGAGGACCUCGGGGACGGAGCGGGGAGGACCUCGAGGACGGAGCGGGGAGGACCUCGGAGGACGGAGCAGGGAGGAUCCUGGGGGACGGAGCAGGGAGGAUCCUGGGGGACGGAGCGGGGAGGACCUCGGAGGACGGAGCAGGGAGGAUCCCGGGGGACGGAGCAGGGAGGAUCCUGGGGGACGGAGCGGGGAGGACCUCGGGGACGGAGCGGGGAGGACUCGGAGGACGAAGCGGGGAGGACCUCGGGGACGGAGCGGGGAGGACCCCGGGGGACGGAGCGGGGAGGACUCGGAGGACGAAGCGGGGAGGACCACGGAGGACGAAGCGGGGAGGACCUCGGGGGACGGAGCGGGGAGGACCUCGGGGGACGGAGUGGGGAGGAUCCUGGGGGAUGGAGCGGGGAGGACCUCGGGGACGGAGCGGGGAGGACCCCGGGGGACGGAGUGGGGAGGAUCCUGGGGAACGGAGCGGGGAGGACCUCGGGGACGGAGCGGGGAGGACUCGGAGGACGAAGCGGGGAGGACCACGGAGGACGAAGCGGGGAGGACCUCGGGGGACGGAGCGGGGAGGACCUCGAGGACGGAGCGGGGAGGACCCCGGGGGACGGAGUGGGGAGGAUCCUGGGGGACGGAGCGGGGAGGACCUCGAGGACGGAGCGGGGAGGACCACGGAGGACGAAGCGGGGAGGACCUCGGGGGACGGAGCGGGGAGGACUCGGAGGACGAAGCGGGGAGGACCUCGGGGACGAAGCGGGGAGGACUCGGAGGACGGAGCGGGGAGGACCCCGGGGGACGGAGCGGGGAGGACUCGGAGGACGGAGCGGGGAGGACCUCGAGGACGGAGCGGGGAGGACCACGGAGGACGAAGCGGGGAGGACCCCGGGGGACGGAGCGGGGAGGACCUCGGGGACGGAGCGGGGAGGACCUCGGGGACGGAGCGGGGACCGGGCCGCAGGACAGGAUGCCCACGCGCGCCUCAACCUCCCGGGCCGGGCACCUCCAAAGCGCCAAGCCCGCGGGGCCGCCGCGCGCCCCGCACCGGAGCGCGAGCCGCCGAGACCGGGCCCUCGGGGGAGGCGCAGGCGGUGGCCGCGCGGGCCCCGGCGGAGCAGGAAGGGCGGCGGAGCAGGCGGGCGGCCGCGGCUCGGGCUGCGCGGAGGUAGGCGACCCGGCGGCGGCGGCGGUCCGCAGGGGGCGCGGCGCUGGGAGCGGGCGGGCCCCGGUGCCCCCUCCCCCGGCCCGGGGCGCGGCGCCCGCGGACGAGCCGCCCCCGCCCUGCGCCCCCGCCCGGGCCCGGGGCCGAGGCCGAGGCGUCGCCGCGCAGGAGGGACGGCCCCGCUCGCCGGGCCGGGCGGGGCGGGGCGGGGCGGAGCUGCCGCGCGGGUGCGAGGAGGCGCCCCGAGCCGCGCCCGAAGCCGGAAGGUCCUGCCCUGCUCGGCCCCGGGAAGCGGAGGCCUCCGGACGCUGCAAACUUUGCAAGCGCGCCGCGCGGCCGCGGCUGGAAGGCGAGUUCGCCGCGGACUUGUUGUUUCCGUGCUCGGGGGAGUCGCACCCCGGGGCGGAGCGGAGCGCGGCCGGGACAGUCCCGGGGCCGCCGGGGCCGCUCGGCGCGCGGUGCAGGCGGCAGGGGUCGCGCGCGGCCGGGGGGCGACGCGCCUCGCGGGCGCCCAUCCCACCGCCCCUGUGCACGGCUCUCGGUGCUCCCGCCUUUGCACCUCCCCGGACCCGGCCCGGUUCUAGGAGCCUCCCGCCUUUGCAUCUACCCAGACCCGACCCGGUUCUAGGAGCCUCUGGGCUUUGCACCUCCCAGGACGCGGCCCGGUUCUGGGAGCCUCCGGGCUUUGCACCUCCCAGGACCCGGCCCGGUUCUAGGAGCCUCUCGGCUUUGCACCUCCCAGGACCUGGCCCGGUUCUAGGAGCCUCCCGCCUUUGCAUCUACCCAGACCCGGCCCGGUUCUCGGUGCUCCCGGCUUUGCACUUCCCCGGCCCGGUCCUAGGAGCCUCUGGGCUUUGCACCUCCCAGGACCCGGCCCGGUCCUAG